CCCUCGCUGUCCUGGUUUAUCGUCCAAAGUCGUCGGGAUCUGAUCAGAGCAGUCAUCCCAGUUACCACCGCGAAUCCUCCGGCAAUACAGGCACCACGACGGACACUGCCACGUCCGUGCUCCCGUUGCCGUCGCCGUCGGUGCCUCACAACCCGCCGCUCUAGGUCCCACCUUCUGUCGGAGCAGGAGCAUGGGAGCCUCGAGCGUGGCCUCUCAGAGACCACUCCCACUUCCGGAGACACAUAGUACGCGCUACCCCAGCUAUGCUUCCACGGUCAUGACCACCAGCGCAAGUGAAAAGAUCUUCGGGGGCCGGCCGUCCUCUUUAACACGCGCUGGUCCUCCGCCGCCGUUUCUCUCUGACUCUUCCACCCCUGUCCCCUCCUUCUCCAAUAGCACCAGCACCAGAGAAACCACAAGCGCCCCGGGCGCCCCAAGCACCAGUAUUCUGACUCCCUCAGGAGCAGUAUCGGACGGAUUUCCCCCGUCAGGCUCCCACGGCAGCGGAUCGCAGUCGUCCCAGCCGGGAGGCCAGCCGCUCUACUACUCGGGCCACAUGACAGGUUCUUGGCCGACGCCAGGGUUAUCACAACCCUCAGCGUACACGUACACGAAUUCCAAUCCUGGGAAUCCAAGCUCGGGCCCGCUCUCGCAGCAGACAUACUCACGAGCGCCGGCUCCGUAUCCAUCGGCCUCCUCGCCUUCCCUCCAGCACUUCCCCGGCCGCUCGGCGUCCUCAGCGCCCAACGGAGAAACGCUACCCGCGACGCAGUCAUACCAAGAACAGCAGCAAGCAUUCCCCAGCCCUGUUUCAGCCGGCGCCGGUGCUGGCGGAGGAGGAGGGAGUCUGGCGUCGCCACUCAGCACCCAAGGCCACAGCGGAAACCAGCCGCCCGGGCUUGCGCAGCCCAUUCUCGGCAACCACUCGACGAGCCUUGCCCGUCAACCCGCGUCGGCACAGAAUGCACCAGGGGGAGGGACCGGUACGACCCAGGAGGGAAGCUCUUAUCGCCAGCCGCCCACACCGAACAACUACUAUCCGCCAUCGUCAGCACCGCAACAGCAACCGUUUCCUUCGUACGUGUCGCCCGCGACGCAGCCUUCGCCAACCACCGUCUCGCCGACGGCAGCCUCGAGCGCGGUCCCUCGAGGGCCGUCAUCAAUUCCGCCCAUGGCCCCGCCGGUGCAGUUCUCUGGUGGACGUGCCCACCCGGUGCCGUCCAUGGCAUCCUACGCCUCUUAUAGCCCGGUCCCGGGCCCAGUGCUGAGCAACAUGCACCAUCCGGGUGCGCCCCUUGCCAUGGUUGGCGGCAUGGCUGGGCUUCCCAGCUACAGCCAUCACCCGGGGCUCGCUCCGCAUCAUCCGCAUCAUCUUUACGUCCACCAUUCUGGCGCCCCGCCACCUCAGUCCGAACGUCCGUUCAAAUGUAACGAGUGCGCACAAGCCUUUAAUAGGAACCACGACUUGAAGCGACACCAGCGAAUACAUAUGGCUGUCAAGCCGUUCGGAUGUAGCGACUGCGAGAAGAGGUUCUCGAGGAAAGACGCGCUGAAGCGUCAUAGGCUCGUCAAGGGAUGCGGCGGCUCGACGACUUCAGAGAUAACCGGAGCUACGGCGGGAAGCAAGGACGGGUCAUCCCACAAUCGCGGUGCUAUCGCAGGCGGCGAUAGAGAAGGCAGCCCCCGCGAACCGGAGAGAGAAGUGUGAGGAUCGCUUUAUUUGCGCUCGUUGUCAACGAGACAACCGCACUGGAGCAGCUCGCCUUCUCCCAGGUCCCCAUGCUAUGCUAUGGGACGCCACAUGGAAACCGUACCCGCGGGCUGGUAGUCCCCGACGAAAACACAUGGUCAUUCGCCUAGGAGCAAUGGACCGCACGAUACACCGACGGGAUCAUACCGACCAGACCUUUGCAGGAAAUGGGUUGGAUGGCGACAUCCCGCUUCGUCUGGUCCGAUAUAUCAUUUCAGGCACCAUUCUGUGUGUGCAGAAACCAUUGAGGCAGCAUCAGGCAGG